AUGGGAACCAAGAAGUUUGCUGUGCUCCUCAUAGCUAGCAAGGCUUGCGUCAAGCCUCGUGGCUUUGACGACUUGGGGCAGUUCUGGCUCCUCAGAAAAAGCCCACGAUACCUCUGGCGUAGUGAUACGCUGCCACCCUGCACACCUUCGCCUGGAGACCGCUCGGCGACGAUAGAAAGCUUAGACAAGAGUCUAGAAGAUUUGCUGACCAGAGUGGAUGAAUUUGUGGGAAUGCUGGACAUGAUUCGAAGUGAUUCCUCUCAAGUUGUCAAUGAAAGUAUACCUCAAAUUUACACAAAAGCUACAGAAAUGAGACAGAUAUACAGGAAGAUUGACAAACUAGAGGCUUUUGUGAAGAUGGUUGGAAAUAGCGUAGCUGGACUGGAAGAACGGGUCAUAAAGGCAGAAACAGACCUUGGAGCUUUUCCGAGCACAUUCAAGAAAAUCUUGCACACAAUCAGCAUACCAUCCUUCCUUAAUAAAUCGUCUUCCUCACGACAACAACAGACCCUCUAUGAACCUCCAGUCCUCUUCAAGACUGAAGACUAUUUUCCAUGUCUUAAUGAAGCACCUUAUUGAUGAUUUCUGCUUUGGGAUUGAUGUGAAUCAGCCAGAAUAGAGACAGCCAAGUGAACAAAAGAAAUGCUAACCUCAAAAUAGCUGCAUUUCUGAGCGUUAUUGAUGGCAUAUUGCCAUCUGAUUCUCAUUGUCUUCCUUCAGGCAGUAUUUUCAGGUAAUCUUUGUUUGUGUACAUUAUUUCAAAAGUCUUCCUAAAACACAGUAUAAAUUUUCAGAUUAUAUUGGGGAAGGAACUUAAGAAUACUUCUGCAUUAGAUUUUUUUUUUUAAAUACAGAAAUAAUAGGAAACAUACUUUAUAUAUAUAUCUUUUAACACAUAAAUAUCUGUGCUGCUGCAAAUGUAAAUAGCUAUACCAC